CGUAAAAGCAUUUAUCGUUGGACCACAACAAAAUUCUUUCAACAAGAAAACAAUAAAACUUUACCCAAAAAACGUUUUUAUUGAAUAAUUACGACAAAGUUGAAGUGCCGCAAAUAAAGAAGCUUGCCUUUGCCAACGUAACUAUGCGGGCAAUCACAUUGUGACAACAACGACGACAAAGAGCUGCUUGAAAAUACUGUUGAAGGCGCAGCCAGAGAUUGGUUUUUGGCGUUCCCCCAAAAUGUCCACGGAGGAAUGCGUGUGGCGUGAGCACGUUGUCCAAAGAUUACGCGAACGUGACCGCAAGGAGUGCGAGAAUUUUAAGGAGAUCAUUGUGCAAAACAAUCGACUCAUUGAUCAUGUGGCCCAGCUCAAAUCGGACAAUCUAAAGCUGUCGGUGGAGAACGAACAGCUACGCAAUGCGGUCUCAACAGGUGGCAGCGGGUCAAAUGUGGCCAUUGCGACGUUGGAGAAGAAGCUGCUGGCGCAGCAAGAGGAGCUUACAGAUCUGCAUAAACGGAAGGGAGAGAAUUCGCAGAUGAUUGUUGAUCUCAAUGUGAAGGUGGAGCAGCAAAAGAAACUCCUUGCCGAGAAGGAGCGCAGUUUUAAUGAACAACAAACUGUGAACAAUCGAUUGCGAGCCGAGGUACAGCUGCUGAACUCCAGCCUGGAGGAGCUGAAGAAGCUAAACACAACGCUGCUGGACGAGCACACGGCAUUGCAGCUGGCUUUUAGUUCGCUGGAGGAUAAAAUGCGGAGUGUUCAGGAUGAAAAUCGCUGUCUGCUGGAACGUUUGAUGCGUUACAAGUCAAAAGAUGCUGACAAACUGAACGAGGAAAACGAAAGUAUAAUAAGAAAAAGACUGCCGUCAAUUUUCAGAAAACGAUCGGCUAAACUGAAACGCGAUCUCGAGGACGCAGUCCGUGAACCGAACUCGCCAAACAGUCAGACAGUUCCUGCCAUACCACAUAGCAAUAGUGCGGCGCAGUUUCCGAUCGCCGGAAGCGACGACGACUUCGAUGAGGCCUCGCUCAACGAUGCCAUGGACGCUCUGAAGUUCAAUGGUGAGGACUUUAGGAAUCCGGCUGGCGAUGCGAGGUGCGAUGAUGCGGCGCGUAAUUCGGCCCAGUCGAUAGACACACUGAAAGCAGCUGGUUACCUCGGCCAACCGAAUCCAACCAAGAUCUUAAUGAAGUUCGAGGCGCAUGAAAAUGAAUCCCACGCUGUGCGCUGGAGUCCCGUCGAACGCCUGGUCGCCACUGGCGGCGCCGAUCGAAAGGUCAAACUCUGGGACAUUGGCAAAGGUGGCACUGAACCUCGUGCUGUGCUCAGCGGCAGCAGUGCUGGCAUCAACUCGGUGGACUUUGACUCCACUGGCGCCUACAUCUUGGGCACAUCCAACGACUAUGGGGCUCGAGUCUGGAGCGUGAUGGACUGUCGAUUACGAACACUGACGGGUCACAGCGGCAAGGUGAUGGCCGCCAAGUACGUGCAAGAGCCAAACAAGGUGGUAACCGGAAGUCAUGACCGUACUCUCAAGAUCUGGGAUCUGCGCAGCAUCGCCUGCAUCGAGACGAAGUUUGCGGGGUCCAGUUGCAAUGAUCUCUGCACCACCGACAGCCUGGGAUCGACGAUCAUCAGCGGGCACUACGAUAAGAAGAUACGAUUCUGGGACAUACGCACCGAGAAGCAAGCCGAUGAUGUGCUCAUGCCUGCCAAGAUUACCUCGCUGGAUCUAUCAAAGGAUUGCAACUACCUGAUAUGCUCGGUGCGAGAUGAUACAAUAAAACUAUUAGAUUUACGCAAGAAUCAAGUUAUAUCCACCUUUGCCAAUGAACACUUCAAGGUCAGCUGCGACUUUGCGCGAGCUUCCUUCAAUUCGGGCGCCACAAAGAUCGCCUGUGGUUCCGCGGAUGGCGCAAUCUACAUAUGGAAUGUGAAUGGCUUUCUCGAGACGACGCUCAAGGGCCACAGCACGGCCGUUAACGCAGUCAGCUGGAGUCCAAAUAGCAAUGCCCUCGCCUCGGUGGGCAAGAGCAAAAGAUGCAUCAUUUACUCGGACUCGUAGCCCCAUCCAACACCUUAUGAGCGAUAGAGACCAGCCCUCCAACCAUCAACUUCAACCACUUCUUGUUAUAGUCCUAAGUGUGCACUCAAAAAACGAACUCCAGCAUGCAUUAAGCUACCAAACUAUAUAUAUAUAUAUAUACUAUAUACGAUAUAUGUGGGGGACUUAUUUAGAAUUCCCCCCGUCAAUUGGUUAUAGCACCUCGUUGAAAUUAUAAUUUAUGCCUAUUCGAUGUUAUACUUACUAUAUUAUGCUACUAUUUACUUAUUUUUGCACCAGUUCAGCAAACGAAUUAAACAUUUUUCUAUGUGACAUACA